UCGUUUUCUUGUACAGCAAAGAUAUUGUUUCUUCGAUAAAAGGAAAAAUGGCCGACGAUGCAGAGAAGAGGUUUCAUUUGAUCAUGGACAAGCUCUUCCAAGACCCUUCCUCCUCCAGUCUGCCGCCUUCGCCACUGGAAACGGGAACGGGAGAACAAAGACGACUAUUACGAUCGAAGAAACGGCCGAAUCCAUCGUAUGCUUUAAUAGCGGAAGAGAAGCAGCAUUGCUUAGUUGCGAGUGAAUCUCCAAUUUGCAGACCAUGGGAUAGAGGAGAUUUUCUCAGGAGGUUAUCAACUUUCAAAUCCAUGACUUGGUUUGCUAAGCCCAAGGUGGUAAGUGCUGUGAAUUGUGCCACUAGAGGUUGGGUCAAUGUGGAUAUGGACAUUCUGGCCUGUGAAUCAUGCGGAGCACGUCUCCAGUUUUCUACUCCACCUUCUUGGACACGGCAGCAAGUUGAGAAGGCAGCCUCUGUAUUUAGCUUAAAGCUGGAUAGUGGACACAAAUUGUCUUGCCCUUGGAUUGACAAUGCCUGUGAUGAAAGACUGGCUGAAUUUCCUCCCACUGUGCCUUCUGAUUUAGUUGAAAAAUUCCGGGCGAGAUCCAACUCACUCUUUCAACUUACAGCUCUUCCAGUAAUUUCAUCUUCGGCCAUUGAAUUUAUGAGAAGCCCUCAGCUUGAAGAAUUUCUCAGACAACCCCUAAUGGUGGAUUGUCUGAAAGAGAAUGUUGAGUUAUCUCAAUUAGAAAGUAUAGAACUUGGAUCUGAUGUGGAUUCUGCUAACUUGUAUUAUCAGGCUCAAAAGCUUAUAAGUCUCAGUGGCUGGGAACUACGUUUACUACCGUACGUAGUUGAUUGCAAGGAUGGUCAGAAUCAGUUUGCCAAAGAUGCUGAAAUUUUAACUUCACCCCAGGGAGCUGAUCAUGGACUAAAUUUGUGUCUCAAUUUCCAUGCAGCUGAUGAAAAUGAAAAUUUGGAGGCAAAUAAAGAUUUUGAGAAUUCUUUUAGAUUGCAGUGUGAUCCCAAAUCUGUUGUUUUAGAUUGCAGACUCUGUGGCGCAAGUGUUGGAUUAUGGGCUUUCUCCACUGUUCAACAGCCUGUAGAGUUCUUCAGAUUAUUUGGAUGUGAAGAAGUCAAUCCUGGAGCCCAUGAUUCUGGCCAUGAAAAGAAUGGCUGUGAUGGUGGGGUUGGUGUUCCUUCAAAUGGUGGGUCGUCAUCUAUGGAGCAAUCUUCAAAUUUAAAAUUUACUAUAGCCGGAGGUCCGCCACCAACACGACAAAACUUUAAAGCAAGAAUACAUUUACCUGUUAUUGGCCGGAGUUUAAGUGCUAGAUUUUUGUAUCAUCCAGAGUUUAGAGAUCAGAUAUUUAGUAAUCAAGAAAAUACUCCAGUAGAAUCCAAGUUUCAGGGAGAAAUAGAUUGUUGUAAUAAUAGUGUUAGUGAGUCAGGUGUCCCAUUGGCAGAGUUGAGAACUUCAAAUGGCAAAAAAGAUGGAGAAGUUGAUUGUAAUUCUAAAAGCAAUGAUCAGUCUCCUCGUUCAAACCAUGAUGUUUGUGCAAGAGAUGACAAUUCUAGGAAUGUCACUCCAUUGGAAGGAACCAACGUCACUGCAAAAGAAAUUUCUCCUUAUGCUGGUACUGAUGAUUCUAAUAUGGGGGUUCAAAUAGAGAGUUCUCAGAAUGUAGUCCAAGAUUCUUGCCAAAGUAAUAACUCUCUUGAAAAGGUAGACAAUGAUAGAUCUUCUGUUUCGACCCAAGGUGCUAAUGUUUCCCCUAGAAAUGAAGGAACUAAUGAUUCAUCAGUUUUGAUUACAUCUAAAAAGUGCCAUCCAGAACAAACUGCAGAAGCAGAGAAAAUGACCUCAAGAGAAGACAAAACUUGUGCCAAUAGUGAGGAAGGGGUGAUCGCUGAAGUCCAGACUGCACAAAACAAUAAGGGCUUAUCCUGUCACAAAGGAAAGGAUCUAAAGCAACUGCACAUGGAUAAAACAUCAGAGUUUGAUCCAAUCAGGCAGCACAGGCAUUUUUGUCCAUGGAUUGCAUCGAUGAGUGGCGGGGCACCCGGAUGGCAACAAACAUUAUCUGCUUUGCUAUGUGGGAAUGAUUGUCCUCGUUCUUCACCGGCGCGUUCUCCUCCUCCAUUUGCCUCCAUGAUUAAGGUUAACGAUCCCGUUGCCUCGGUUAGAAAGCUUUUCUCGUCUCCUGUGGCCAAAAGGAUGAAGAUCAGCCGAGAACCAGGCUAAACCUGCCGGCGUUUUUAUGGUGAAAAGAGUCGAGGCAAAUAUAGAAAUUUGUACCAUCUCAAACAUAGAUAUAUAGACUGGUUGUAUUCAUUUUCAGGCUUUGUGAAAUGGUAGUCCAGUUUACAGCCAAAUGAUUGGUGAGAGCAAAGAUGAAAUUGAAUGAAAAUGAUAUUUAGAAGUCAAUUUUGAGGGAUUGAAAUUUA